AUGUCCUUUUUCGGUUUCGAUAAUGCGCGCCAUAACACGGCAGCGCCAGGCUUCGCCCAAGCCCACGACCCUUUUGCCGGGCUGUCGGGCAGGGAUGGAGACGAUGAUGCUCUCGACUUUGAGGAGACUUACGAUGGUCUUGGAGACCAGCUCGAAGAGACUGGUGACGCAUUCAACGAUGAUACCUUCGGAGACAGCGGGCCAGCGGUUUCGAGAAAUGCUGGCAAGGACUUUGACUUCUUUGGCCAGACUGCAAAGGUUGCCGAUGCGAUAGAGGAGGAACAUGUCCGUUUCCAUCGCCAACCGCCAACCGCCAGACCAGCUGCUUCAGCUCAGGCACCCGCUCAGGUUGAUCAGUAUGCGUCGGCCGAUUACCAGUCCUAUUACGGCGGACAGCCUUAUCAGCAGCAGUCUUACCAGCAGCAGGCAUUUCAGCAGCCAGUGCGAUCUGGCUAUGAAAAGUACCGCAGCCAUGACCCCGAGCCUCUUCCUGAUCUGCACGUCGAUCGAAGCAUCUGGGGCAUUGGACCUUCCAAGCCUGUUCAACAAUCAUCGCCUGCCCCCGUUCCUGCAGCUCAACCUGCCGCCAGCCGCAAAGUCAUGAGUUUGGAGGAAGUUGAGGCCGCGAUGCGAUCUCAGCCCAAGCAACAGACUCCUCAGCCUCAUGUUGCAGAUCUCUCUUACCAGCAGCCCCCUCCCGGCUUUGCUGCCCCUCAGCACCAGCCUCCCCAAGCUCAUGGGCACGGCCAUCCUGUGACCAUUCUGCAGAGACCUCAGAGCACCCAGUCGAAGUCCACGCCGCCAGUUCCUGGACUGCAAGGGACUCCUGUCCAGCAACACCAGCAGCUUCAUGCUAACCCGACUCAAAUUCUGCAGAACCCUAGCCGUGCCGGCUCGGAUGCGCCUGCACCUCAGCACGGCCACCAUGCCAAGCAGCCCCAUGGAGCCGUUCCCAGCGCCGCCCAGUUGCAAGCUCAUCCCCAGAUGCAGGAGAUGUCGGAAGAAGAGAAGGCCGCCUUCCUGGACCAGGAGACCAAGAGGGCUAAGCGCAACCACAAGAUUUGGCUUUUGUCUAAGGAUAACGGCCUGAUGACACCUCAAGACAAGAACUUCAUCACCCGCAUCCAGCUUCAACAGCUCGUUUCUGCUACUGGCAACCCUGUCGAGGGAUCCGAUGCCUCAAUCGCCGAGGACUUCUACUAUCAAGUUUACAGCCAUAUCCGAGCCGGCCAGCGCCAGAACCCCAGUCAACCCCUCAGCAACUUUGCGCAAACCUACCUGUACCAGACCGGCAGCCGCCAGGGUGGUAUGCGGCGACAUGGUCGACCAGCCGAGAACCACUUCCAGCGAAUGGAGCAGCAGGUACAGCGAGCUGUAGAGGCGGCCAAGAACAAGCCCAAGAACCCUCAGUUGGUCAUCGCAGGUAGUCUGGGAAAGAUCUCUUUCAGCAACGCCAAGACGCCCAAGCCUUUGCUCAGCAUCAAGCGCACCGAGAGCGAGCACCAGCGACCAAACAACGGCAAGAAGGGUUCUAGCCUGGACCGAAAGACUAUCUUGCGAAAUGUUGAGAAGGUAUACCAGACCCUCAUGCAAAUCGAAGAUCAUGUCCGCCUUAUCCCGCCUCCAAUGACCAGCCCUGAUGAGGAGCUUGAGAACAAGCACAAGGAAUGGGCUACUAUUCUGGAAGCCUACAACGCCAAGCUCUGGCAGGAACUCAAGGUUCACGAACAGAUCGGAGUGGUUGUUCCUCACCCAUUUAUCGCUUUCCUCUCGUGCGCCAAGGGCGAGAAGGCCAUUCCUCGACUUUUCCCUCAUCUUUCUUUUGAACAACGAACCACCAUUUUGACCAUGAUCAUCUACCAUCUCGAUCAAUUGGAUGUUGUCCAGGGUGCUGCCAUCAUACCCGGUGAGGUGACAACAAUCAACGCGAGAAUGCGAGAGAAGAUUGAACUGUUUAUCUCUACUGUUAUGCCAUCCCUCAUGCAAUACUUUAACGACACUGGCUUGGAUAUUGUUGAUGGCGUCUUGAACCUCAUUGCUACAAAGCUUAAUGUUGAUCUUAUCGCUAGAUCUAGAAUUGGUGUUUCCAUGCUCACGCUCAUUCUCAGUCGUGCCGUUCUUCUCAAACAAACAGGAGCCGGCACCCCUGAGCAAUGGGACAACUGGGACCGAACAUUUGAAGUUUUGUUCAAUAGACUCGAGCCUUCACUUCCUUACAUCUUCCCAGGAAGUGUCAACACCGGAGAGGACGUGUACGUAUGGCAACUCCUCGCAGCCAUGGGCGUCAGCGCUACUCACGAUCAACAAACCCGCUUGGUCCUUGCUGUCAAGGAUCGUGUGCUUGAUACUGUCACUGUUUCAAAGACACUGCCUGCUGCCAUGGGAGCUGAGCGAUUGAACAGUGUCAACCUGUUCAUGCGAUCUAUCGGUUUGGAUGUCGAACUUCUUCAGUAA